AAAAUAUCAAAAAUGUUCAGGAAGAUUCCUCAAAAAUUAGCAUUGAUGAAUAGUUUCAAGAGAAGUGGAGUUUUAGCCUCUUCUAUCAACUCAGGAUUCUCUUCUACAAUCUCUACUAGGCCAAUGAUGACCAGGAUCUGGGAGGUACAGACACUUUCGAAUACAAGUUGCAGGAAUUUCAGUUCUGGAGUAAAAGAGGAAGACAUUGAAUUUGUCGAAUCAAAAAUUUUCGAAGUUCUCAAAUCAGCAGCCAAGUGUGACCAUUCAAAGCUGACAAGAACUGCUACUUUUGAAGAAAUGGGAUUCGAUAGUCUUGAUGAAGUAGAACUCGUUGUUGCCAUGGAAGAGCAUAUUGGACUUGAUAUCUCCAACUCUGAUGCUGAGAAAGUCAGAUCAGUUAUGGACGCUAUUCAGAUCUUCUAUGAUUACUACGUAAGGAGCAAGCAGCCAGUUGAGGAGGAAUAGCCAUAUAAUUUAUUUCCAAUCGC